AAACAUGAUUGUUGUGUGAAACGCAGCCAGUGAAAGCUUCGCGCCGUUUAAAUCCCGCGACUCAGUUUCCCACAAUCCUCUGCGGUCGAAGCAGGAAGAACGUUGUCUCGCAGGGGCUCACUCUGAUCCAAGUUAGGAGCUUUCAGCUGCCAGCCUUGGCCCAUCAUGUAAGUGCUGCGGAGAAUUCUUUGCAGCGCAUUUGCAAAAUUACCCGGUUUCCCGACGCCUGCGCGGGCUGUGCAUCCGUACCCGCGCCCCGUGCACGGACACGCACGGCUCGGACCCAAGAAGGCUCCAGGUGCAUGAAGAUCGAGGCUUGUAUUUUGCAUCUUUGUUGCAAAGCAAGCCGCCGAAGCUCCAGUACGAGGGCGAUGGAGGGAGGGAGCGAGAAAGAAGGCAAAGUCUUUUGUGCUUCCCCUCCCCCUCAUCAAAGCAGAGGGGAAAUGCCUCAGCCAAAGGGAGGUAAGAAGAAGCCGGUGUUGAAGCUCUCUAAAGAGGUGUUUGAGCAGCCCACACCUGCUGCCGUACCCCCCAGGGAUUUGGAUUCAAAGGCUUGCGUAACAAUUGGAGAAAAGAAAUGUGAGGUGAAAGCAGAUGAUCUGGAGCAGAUCUGCGAACUGGGACGAGGAGCGUAUGGUGUGGUGGACAAGAUGAGGCAUGUGCCCAGUGAUCUUAUCAUGGCUGUUAAGCGUAUUCGGGCCACUGUUAACACUCAGGAGCAGAAGAGGCUGCUGAUGGAUCUGGACAUCUCCAUGAGGACAGUGGACUGUUUUUACACCGUCACUUUCUAUGGAGCGUUGUUCAGAGAGGGUGACGUGUGGAUCUGCAUGGAGCUGAUGGACACUUCCCUGGACAAGUUCUACAAGCAGGUGAUCGAGAAAGGACUGACCAUUCCUGAGGACAUCCUGGGAAAAAUUGCAGUUUCUAUAGUAAAGGCUCUGGAGCAUCUGCACAGCAAUCUGCAAGUCAUCCACAGAGAUGUGAAGCCCUCCAAUGUGCUCAUCAACACUCAGGGUCAAGUGAAGAUGUGCGACUUCGGCAUCAGCGGGUACCUUGUGGACUCUGUGGCUAAAACUAUGGACGCCGGCUGCAAGCCCUACAUGGCACCUGAGAGGAUCAACCCGGAGACGAACCAGAAAGGCUACAACGUCAAAUCCGACAUCUGGAGUUUAGGAAUCACAAUGAUUGAGCUCGCUAUCCUGCGCUUCCCGUACGACUCAUGGGGAACGCCCUUUCAGCAGCUGAAGCAGGUGGUGGAAGAACCUUCGCCCCAGCUUCCUGCUGACCAGUUCUCCCCUGACUUUGUGGAUUUCACCUCUCAGUGCUUAAAGAAAAAUGCCAAAGAGCGGCCAACAUACACAGAACUCAUGCAACAUCCCUUCUUCACCUCCCAUGAGGCCAAAGAAACUGACGUGGCUAGCUUUGUGAAAGUCAUCCUGGGGGAUUGAGUUCUACAUGCGCCCGGCACGGAGGGAGGAAAACCUAAAAACCCAUCAUACAAAAAAGCCGGUCUCCCUCUCACCCCCCUCCACGCCUCCAGAGUCAGAACGAGGAAGACCAGCGGAUGAAGUAGAACAAGGAGGCGGCUCCCCUGUGAGGUGGCGGGAGGGGCGGGGGAGACCUCGAGUAUAAUGUGGAAUAAUUCAAAGUGUUUGUAUGCAAAACCUCCCCCAGUAAUCAGAUUAGCUUCACCCACUACUCCCAAUAUUAUUAACGAGCUGGCCACGCCAUCCACCAUCGUGGUCAAACUCUUGUUUUCUCACUGAAAGAAGGGCAGAUCGUAUAAAAAAAAAGAUGGAUAAUAUAACGCUUUCUGUGUAUAAUCUAAAUGUUUGCCUACUCAAAGCAAAAGUCCCACAUCAGAUUAUUAACUGACUGCAUGUACAGAAUAUAUCUCUGGCAGCCACAGAUGGCCAAUGAUGAGCAGCUGUAGAGCCUGAUUGUAGACUUAAGAGCCUCCCCUAGUGGUCUUUAAUAGGUACUGCAGUGCAACUGCUUUCUUCGCCAAUGCCAUCUACCUACGUGUUUUAGGCUCUUGGCUGCCUGCGAGUGUAUGUCAUUGUGUGUGUGAGCUGAAGGAUGUGUUCAAACGGCUGCAGUGGAGGCAGAGCCAGAAUGCUGUCCGGUUAGUUUGCAAACACAGCGAGAGGUCGGCUGAUGCUCUGAUACAGCCGCUGUUCAGCAUUUCAGGCCGUCGAGCUGCAGCAAAUUAAUCAGAGCAAAUUAAUCAGCUUUAGUCAUCAGAAAAGCUGUGAAUAUAAUGAACUGUCUUUUACCAAAAUGUCUGGGGUUUUUUUAGGCAAGAAACAUUUUGAGUGGCUUUAAGAAGAGGAUUGCCCCUGAUUUGAUGUGCAGUUUACUUUAGGUUGAGCCCCAAAUACCUAUCAAACACUCGCUUUUUGUGCAAAGGGCUGGCAUUGUCAAAUGUGGUUGAAGAAAUCUUGAAAUUAUUGUUAGAUUUUUUUUUUCUAAGCUUCAAGCUACCUAUUCCACUUUUGUUUAAGUACAAGAACAGGAAUCUAUGAAAAUCUGUAACCAACUCGGCGGGUAGGUGACUUCAAGUUGUGUUUGAGAGAAGAUAUUGCUCUAAAAUAGGGUCUCUCUUGUUUUAAAGAAGUGAAUGAAAAGCUAACAAGCCUCUCAGAAAAUGCAGUUUACAGUCUAAAUAGCUUCUUACAUCUUUUCCAUUCCUCUGUUUUCAUUGUUAAAAAAAAUCUUGCUGAUCCUGAAAAUGGCUAACUUUGAAUCUUUGCUUACAUCAGCCACUCUGAAGAGUGAUAGCGCCAUCUAUUAUGUGUGGUGCCUUCCCUCAUCAAGAUUUUGAUUUUUAAUUGAUUUUUAAGUUUCCAACUCCCUCAUCACUGGUCAUUCCUGAUCAAGCUAAUAAUUCUCAAACUCAAGUCACCAUAAGAUUUCUUGACUCCUGCUCCUGAUCUAUUGUAGAAUCACUAAAAUUAACUUUCCAAUGAUACUUCAAAAGCAACAGUUUACCCAUUUAUUUCCAAAGUUUACCUUAUUCUUGCUUAACUGUUAGAAAAUAUAACUGUCUUGCACAAAACAAUAAUUAUGCAACAGCUGCUUAUUUUGUUCAGAAGUUCCUGACGAAAAUGUUAAAUGUUGGUUUAUAUUGUAGAAGGGGGCCGACACUAAAGAAUUAGAAGUCAGAGGAGCCUCUAGGACUUACCUUUAGCUGGAAACUGUAAAUAUUCGUCAAAUAUUUGUGUUUGCCUAGUUGGUUUUUGCACAUAUUUCUUUGAGUGUAAGGUAACCUUUCAAAGAACCGAUCUCCCCUCGUACAGGAUAGUGCCCAAUAAUUUGUUACAUUUCAGUUUAGUCCAGCUGUUUUGCACUUUUAAUAUAAAUAUAUUAUUUUCCUAGUUAAUGGGUUUUGAUUGCUUCGCAUCUUCAAGCUCAAAGUAAUUUGCCAUGACAGUUUGAGCAAAGGGAAACCAAAGCAUUGUCUUAUGUUUGCACAAAUAGUAAAACUGUAUUAAUUCUAGUACAGAAUGGCCGUACGAGUUAUAAGUACUCCUUUGAAGUAACAGCGCUUAAACUUUUAUUUUCUGUCCCUUUGCAAAGCCUGGACCAGUGAGCAGUGAGUCUUGUCCUUCAGUUUGAUUUGUUGCAACUCGCGGUCUUGGUAAUGCUGGAUGCAGCUGUGCAGACCUCCGCAUGCUUUAUUUUUAGUGUGUGUUUGUGUGUUACAUGGGGAACAUUGUCCCAUAUCCUCCUUGUUUUCUGUACUGAGCCAAUCACAACCAUCUCCACUCCAUGCUCAACAUAAAAUGAACUGGACAUUGUUGCUGUUAUUGUUGUUAGUACUAUAUUAAUGUUAUUAUUUAGGAUUACCCCCACUCCCUAAUCGAUCUUACAGACAUAUUAACUGCAGUUAUUCUUAUUUAUUACAACUGCUGUGUCCUUCUGAAGACUUGAGCGAUCCAUCAGAGACUCUUCUUCGCUUGCCUCUGCGGCUGUGUGUUUUUGUUGUGUUUUUCUUGGCUCAAACAGGUAAAUGCUUUUACUAUGUAACUUUUAUGCCUUCUAUGUGCCUCUAUAAUGAAAAAAAAAGACGUCUAAGAAAAUAAGGAUGAUGCAGGGUUGGGCUCCCUCCCUCUUCACACACUGCAUGGCAUCAUAUCCCCAGCAACCUGCCAGCUUUGAGGACUUUGUAUUUCUUUGUGAUGUUACUCUUGCUGUAGCUUGAGGGUGUUUAUACUUGUGCCUGUUGUCGCCUCGAUUGCUUCUGAAGGCAGAAAGCUUGAAGAUGGUGAGUGAAAUUUUAACAAUGCUCUCGCUUUGUCUUUAA